UUAUUCGCGAGCUCAAGUGGGCACGGUGUGCGCGAGAGUGAGUGUGAACAGAACCAUCCGCGCGGCGACUGCUACGCGGCGCUGCGGCCGCGACUCAGAGCGCACCGCGCAUCAAAUUCGGAGUAAUGUGCUCCUUAUCUGCGCGGUUCGUGACGAGGACUUGACUGCCCCCCGAGGCCCUGCUUGGCGUGCCGGCAGUCGAGGACCCCCGGCCCUCGUCGCCACAACACUGCACAACACGCGCCACCAGAGGUUGCCAACAUGAUGCCCAGCGCCACCUUGGUGCUUCUGGCCGCCCUGCUGGGGUGCGCCUGCGCGGCCACGGACUACUGCAUGUCCCAGGACCAGAACCCGUUCGCCCGUUUCGGCACCCGAGCGCCCUACGAGGUGUCCGGGGCCAACCUGGACCCCGCGCCGCGUCGGCUGCCCGGUUGUAAGCCGGUCCACCUGUGGCUCCUGGGGCGGCACGGCACGCGUCACGGCAGGGAGGCCGACAUCGAGCUGAUCCACCGGCUGCCCAAGCUGCAGAACCAGAUCCGCGGCAACAAGGAGGCGGGCCGCACUGUCAAGCUGUGUGAAGAGGACUUGUACAACAUCGUCUCCUGGAUCCCAGGCGUCGACAAGUCCAUGGCGUACGCGCUGACGGUUCAGGGCCAGAUGGACUUGCAGACAAUGGGGGAGCGGUACCGGUUGAGGUACCCAGAGCUGUUCGACAACAGCGCUGCCUCCAACUUCAAGUUCAAAUACGAUGAGACCCCACGCUGCCAGGACAGCUCCAAGUGGUUCUACAGGGGGAUCUUCGGGAACUUCCCUGCGAGCGGCGAGGGCAGCGUAGACGGGUUGGCCGACUUCUACAACAGGUGCCCAGCCUACCUGGUCCCGAUCGGCACGGACUUCGUUAUCGGCGAUUUCAACAAGUUCAAGAAGGGCGCCGAGUUCUCAGACAUGGUCCGUAGGGUGAGCAGCAGGCUCGGCUUCUACCACAACCUGGACGUCGAGGACGUCGACGCCAUGUACACGGCCUGCAGCUUCGAGCUCGCGCGCAACUGGUCAACCGGCAAGGCGUCCCCCUGGUGCGCCGUGUUCCGAGACGAAGACUUUGAGGUGCUGGAGUACUGGUACGACAUGAAGGAGUACUACCGCACGGGCUACGGCCACAAGGUGCACGAGAAGCUGGGCUGCGUCCCCGUCAAGGACCUCGUCAAGUCGCUCUCGAAGCGCGUGGAGACGAUCGGCGCCACCGCGCCGACCGGGCUGGUGUACCACUCGCACGACACGCUGCUCAACCAGGUGGUGGCCUUCCUGGACCUGUACCGCGACGACGCCAAGCUGCGCGAGAACACCUUCGCCUCCAUGCGCGACCGCAAGUGGCGGGUCACGCGGUUCAGCCCGUUCGCGUCCAACCUGCACGCCGUGCUGCACGAGUGCGAGGCCGGGGAGCGUCACCGCGUCCAGAUGUUCCUCAACGAGAACCUGCUGCCGCUGGCGGACUGGGGCUGCGACGCCGACUCGUGCACGUGGGCGCAGUUCAUGGCCAAGUUCGGCCACGUGCUCACCGACUGCAAGCAGCGCCGCCUGUGCUGGAAGGUCUAGUGUGCCUCCCGGAGCAUUGCGACCAACUCGAAAUAAAAAUGCGCUUUCUGGAA